AUGAGACCUUUGACCAAGUUCGUCUCAAUAGCUCACGUUCACCGUUGGACACUUCAGGACGUAAAAGAUUUUAUCUUUUAUGUCGAGAGACUUCAGUAUGAGGAAACUCAUUGCAAAAGGAUAGACGAGCUUAACCUCACUCAAAUGUGUCUUUUGAAUUUAUCGAAAGAGAAGUUGGAUUGUUGGGUUAAACUUCAAUGGAUCAAUCCGGCCCUAGCAGAUAUUUUGGAAAGCGCGAGUAUAAACUUGAAAGAGAGAAUUAUGCUUCACGCCACGAUGUUAUUGGGAAGAGCACGAUUCCAAAAGUAUCAUGAUACGAUUAUCAGCAUGUUACAUGAUGACAUUAGAUUCGGUGUCGAUAUUAUAGAACACGAAUUCCAAGGAGACUUACGUGCAUUUUGCUCCAGGGUAUGUCGCCUAGGCUAUAAAGGAGAUGACUCUGAUGAAGAAAACCAUUACGGAAAAUAUCGGAGAUUGUGUAAGAAAGAGAUAUCGCGUAUAAAUCUGAGAAAGGCCAGAAUGACGCACUCGGAAGAAAGCUCCGAAAGCGCGCCCGAGACUUCUGAGAGCGAAAUUGGAAGUGUGAGCAGCAGUGCAAAGAGCGUGAAUUAUGGGAAUCGCGAAAGUAUAGACUAUAGUGGAAGCAGUGAUGAGGAUGAUCGGCAAGAGAGACGAAUGACGGAUGAAAUGACUGAUAGCGGUAAUGAUAAGGAAAUCGAAGAAACGGGUUCGGAUAGCGAUGGAGUGAGAGGGAAUAGUGAUGCAGACAGCCGUUUUGAUAGUGACAAUCUCGCUGUAGAUGACAAUGACGCAGCGGAUAAGAAUUACCGUCUGAAACGUCGACUAACAGAAACGACUACCACAAGAGUGACUAGGCAGAUGUCUAUGAGGAGUCGUCGGGUUAAGAGUCGAAGAGGCCGUCCUAGAAAAGACGAAAGCAGAAAUGGACGCGUUGAUAAGAAGACGAGUAUCCCUGUUGUCCAUGUUUUUGCGUUUAAAG